ACAAACCAGCUCUACUAUUAUUAUGGACAGUAUUUAAUAAAACUUCUUAAAUAGAUAUUUACGUAACAUUUAUGAGCUGUCCACAAGACGUUUUAAUAAUCUUAAUAUCUGUGAAGUGUUAUCCUAUACUUGGCUGUUUUACAAUUCGUUAAUCAAAUUGUCAUUUACUAGAUCUUUAUUUACGUAAUAAUUAGUUUUAGUAACACGAUUCUUGGAUAACCUUUUCAAAGGUCAACGUUAACCUAUCAAGUUAGCUUAUUCUUUAAUUUAAUGCAAGUAUUGUGCUCGUGCCUCAGUUCAUAUUAAACUAUUCUUGAACGAACAUUAUCGAUUAGUGUAUUAUACAAGUAGUGUCACUGAUUACAGAAAAUGUCAUCGAUGAGGAUCAUGAUAAACCGCGCCGCCGCCAGUCGAGUUUCGUCCAGUGUGAGGAGACUAACAGAUCCGUUGGAACGGACAGUAUUAUUAUCGCAGAGCACAUCAAGUAAUCUACGAACUAUGGCUUCAAAGGCAGUUACGAUAGAAAAUAUUAACCCUAACAUUUUAAAACUGGAAUACGCCGUACGAGGACCGUUGGUUAUUCGUGCUGCAGAAAUUGAAAAGGAGUUGGAAAAGGGAGCGAAGAAACCUUUCAAGAAAGUGAUCAAAGCGAACAUCGGCGAUGCGCACGCGAUGGGACAGGUGCCGAUCACGUUCAUCAGACAAGUGUUGGCAUGCGUGUCGCUCCCGGAGCUGAUCGACAAAGCCGACUUCCCGAAGGACGUGAAGCAGAGGGCUCGGGACAUCCUCGGCGCGUGUGGCGGGCAGUCGGUGGGCUCGUACUCGGCGUCGCACGGCAUCGAGCUGAUCCGGCGCCACGCGGCCGAGUACAUCGCGGCGCGCGACGGCCACCCCGCGCGCUGGCAGGACGUGUGCCUGUCGUCCGGCGCCUCCACCGCCAUCAAGAACUGCCUGCAGCUGCUCUGCAACGACAUCGGCGGGAAGAAGUCGGGUGUAAUGAUCCCGAUCCCCCAGUACCCGCUGUACUCUGCAUCGCUGGCAGAGUACGGACUACAGCAGGUGGGCUACUACCUGGACGAGAGCUCCAACUGGGGCCUCAGUAUCGACGAGCUGGAGCGGUCGCUGAAGGAGGCGCAAAAGACCUGCAACGUGAGGGCGCUGGUCGUCAUCAACCCCGGCAACCCGACUGGACAGGUGCUGACGCGCGCCAACAUCGAGGCGAUCAUCAAGUUCGCGCACGCGCACGGGCUGUUCGUGUUCGCGGACGAGGUGUACCAGGACAACGUGUACGCCGAGGGCAGCAAGUUCUUCUCCUUCAAGAAGGUGCUGCGUGAGCUGGGCGAGGCGUAUGGCUCGCUGGAGCUGGCGUCGUUCAUGUCGGUCAGCAAGGGAUACAUGGGCGAGUGCGGCCUGCGCGGUGGCUGGAUGGAGCUCGUGCACAUAGAGCCCGAAGUGCAGCAGCACCUGUUCAAGUGCAUCUCCGCCAUGCUGUGCCCCACCGUGCUGGGGCAGACCGUCGUCGACUGCGUCGCGAAACCACCGGCUAAGGGCGAGCCCUCGUACGACCUGUGGAUCAAGGAGAAGACGGCAGUUUUGGGCUCGCUGAACGAGCGCGCCAAGAUGAUCGCAGACGCCUUCAACAACAUGGAAGGCUUCAAGUGUAACGUCGUGCAGGGCGCGAUGUACGCGUUCCCGCAGAUCGCGCUGUCGGCGCGCGCGGUGGCGGCGGCGCGCGCGGCCGGCGCGGCGCCCGACGCGUACUACGCCGCGCGCCUGCUCGAGGACACCGGUAUCUGCGUGGUCCCGGGCAGCGGGUUCGGCCAGGCGCCCGGCACCUACCACUUCCGCACCACCAUCCUGCCGCAGCCCGACCUGCUCAAGGAGAUGCUGGCCAUCUUCAAGGAGUUCCACGAGAAGUUCACGCGCGAACACGCCUAGACACCUGCGUUCCGGCUGUGUCCCAUCGAGUGCAGGACGUAGACUAUUUAACCGAUUAAGUAUGAUAAUAGAGACGCGACCAUUAGUCUCAGUUGGCAAUAUUUCGGAUCAGUAAUGCUAUUCAUACAGUAAAUUUAUUACAUCUGGAAAAACGAGUAUCGCGUGAUGUAAAAAAUACCUCAUUUCUCUGAUCUAAUGUCUUUAGUAAGAUCAAAAAAUAAAACUUAUACAUUAUUCAAGUAAGGUCUCUGAUAACUUCCCUUUUAUAAUAAUAAAUAGUAAACAAAUGAGCAAUGUGAUGAUUAAUAUAAUUAUAUAAAUGGAAUUGUAAAUGAUAACAUUAUAAAUCAGCGAUCGGUAAUAGCUUAUAUCCUGGAUUUGGGACGAUGAUCAAUUUAAGAAUGUCCCAAGAUGUUCGCAAAAUAUCCACAAGUAAAAUCCAUGCGGACGAGUAACGGCCACAGCUUGUAUUGAAAAUGCAAUCUAAAUAGAGCUUAACACCUUGCACAAGCUUUACGCUUUUUAUCUGUAAAGCUUUACAUAAUGAAUGUAUAUUAAAAGCAUCGGACAAAUGUAUGAAAUUAUGGCAACCCUGAAAAGACAUUGCGAUAAAUAAUCUGUGGUAACAAUUAAUGAACAAACGAAAGGUCUUAACUUAAUUUAUAUCUCACUUUAAAUUUAUUCAAUAUGUUUGAAUGAAUCAGUCCCAUUAUUGUAAGUAUUUUUUUUAAUUUUACAAUUUAUUUUAUUAAUUUAAGUUUUGCUUUAUUAUAAUCUAUUAUUUUUAAAAAUGUAUACUUUAUUCCCGCACUUCAUGAAAUGGCCACCAUUUCGGAAUGUUGAUUCUACUAAUCGCUAAGAAAUUCCGUAAUUACGUAUGUUGUUUACUAAACACACCCAUAUCUUUAAUACGUACUAGAUAUUAUUACUAUAAUAUACUGUCACUAUAACUACAUAUAAUAUAAUACUAAUUAAAGUGAAGUAUUAUGUACUUGUAAAUAUUUAUAUCGAGACAGAAUUUAAACAUUUGUACAUCAGAGUUGGGAGAUAAUGCUCAUUAUGAGAUUUUAUAUAUUUUUAUUUAAUCAUAAUUAUUGUUAUAAUUUUAAGCGCUUUUUUUAAAUAUAUUUUUUUGUUUUUAAUGGCUGUUAUUCAAAUUACUUAGUUGUUUUUAUUGUUAAAAUUAAAACUACUCAAUGUUAUAAAUUAAAUAAACUGAAAGUUGCCAUCGUUGAAAUUAAAAGUUUUUAAAAAUAAUAUUAAUAUUGUAAUUGAUGAAUGGAAUAACUGUUUUUUGAUUUUUAUUUUUGUAUAAGAUUUUGAAUACUUCGCAAUUAUUUUGUUUACAAAUGUUAUUCUAGUCUGUGGAUUUUAGAUUGAUUUAGAAUCUUAUAAAAUCGAAAUUUCAAAGGCAUUAGGAAUGUAAAGUGUGUCCACUGUGUUUUUAACUUUGCCUCUCGAUCAAAGUAACUCUAAGGUUGGAAUGCGUUGAGUCGAGUCAAUAUAUAUAACAACUAUAAUGCUUUUUAUGUAUGUAUUUGUUAAAAUACUGCCUGCAUACUCUGAUACAAUGCCAGUGAUAAUACAAUCUAGUGUACUAAAUAUCGUAAUUUGUUUAAAUAUUGACAAUGUUACAAGUUAAUUGGUUCUACUCGCACAAUUCAGUUUAUUUAUCAAUUUUGCCACUAUGCAUUUAUAAUAAAUGCAAUUAAAUUUAUUAUUAUUAUACUCUGUAUUUGUUGUAUAAUAUGGUACAAGUGUUGUGAGGGUGACAUUCCGGUGAAGUGAUCGGAUUGAAUUUACACCAGCUAAGCCGUUGUUCUGUUAAAAUAAACAUUAAGAAAAUAAA